AUGCAGCAGCUGCGCGUGGCCAAGCUGCGGUAUGCGGCAGCGCGAUUUCUGUACAUCGUCGACACAUUUCUCUCGACCAAGCGCGGCCAAGCCAUCAUGCUCGUGAGCUUUGGCGUCUUUAUGACGGUCACCUGCGGAUGCUUUGUAUCGCUCAUACCGAAUGGCGACCACGGCGAGUCGAUCGACGAGGUCGCAACGACAGACGACAACACGACGGUGGCGGUCAAAGGCCACCACGGUGGGAUCAAGCACGGUCUUGGCCAGGCCAUGUGGGCGUGCUGGCUCUUCAUUUCGGACCCUGGUGCGCAGGGCGAGCAGCACGAAUGGAAAUUCCGGCUCCCGGGCUUCCUCAUCAGCGUCCACGGCAUGGUCUUCUUCUUCGUCAUCCUCGGGUUCGUCGUCGACUCGAUCCGCGAAAAGAUGGACGACCUCAAGAAAGGCCGGAGCAACGUGGUCGAGACUGGCCACAGCUUGAUUCUCGGGUGGAGCGACAAGUCGAUCUCGCUCGUCAAGCAGCUGUGCUUGGCCAACGAGAGCGAGGGCGGCGGUGUCAUCGUCAUCCUCGCCGAGGCGUCCAAAGAGUUUAUGGAAGGCGAGCUCGCGUCCCAGAUCGAGCCCGAUGAAUUGCGUCACACCAAGGUCGUCGUGCGCACGGGCAGUCCGCUCGUGGUCGCCGACUUGAAGAAGGUGUCGGCGCAAAUGGCGCGCAGCAUCACGAUCCUCGCGACAUCCAUGGACGCCGACAAGUCGGACGCUGCGUGCCUCCGUGUCAUUCUCAGUCUCCGCGGCCUCUUUCAGCUGCAAGGACACGUGGUCGCCGAGAUCCGAGACGUCGACAACGAGCCGCUCGUGCACCUUGUUGGUGGUACCUUGGUCGAAACUCUCGUUUCGCAUGAUAUCAUCGGUCGCCUCAUUUUGCUCGCGGCCCGGUCCCCCGGUCUCUCCAAGGUGUACACGGCACUCCUGGGCUUCGAAGGGGACGAGUUCUACUGCCAAGCGUGGCCCGCCGCGGCGGGGAUGCGGUUCGGUGAUCUCAUCGAGCGCUUUCCGCUCGCCACGCCAAUCGGUAUCAAGACGAGCCGGGGCAAGGUCGUCAUCAAACCCAGCUUUUACUAUGUCCUCGAAGCGACCGACGAGAUUAUCGUCCUCGCGGAAGACAACGAUUCGUACACGCUGACGCCGGCUGUGAGUGUGCCGCCACUCCCGAUCCCACCGAUCCCGCCACGCACGAUGGAGAAAGAGACGAUCCUCAUCUGCGGGUGGCGCCGCGACAUUCAAGACAUUCUCGUGCUGCUCGACAAUUACUUGCUCCAAGGCAGCGAAGUCCACGUGCUUAGCGAAGUUUCGGUCGAUGAACGCGCCGUGUUUUUGGCCCAAAGCGGCAUUGACGCCGACGCGUUCGACAACUGCAUCUUGAAACACCACGUCGGCAACACGUCUGUGCGCCGGUACCUCGAGCCGCUUCCGCUCGAAAAGUAUACGUCGAUCAUGGUGCUCUGCGACUACCAGCGGGAGCUCGACAUUUUGAACUCGGACUCGCACUCGCUCGCGACCGUGCUCUUGCUGCGCAAUUUGCAGAAAAAUAAAAAGGAGCAGCGAAAGGAGCACCUCUUUGGACCUCGGAUCGUCGAUGCGAUCGCUCGGUGGGCGCGCCACGUCACCAACAAGUGUCCGUGCAUCACGGAAAUUCUGGAUCCACGGACCCAGAAGACCGUAGUCGCCAACGCGAGGAUUGCCGUGCACUCGGACUUUGUCAUGUCCAACGAACUCAUCUCGUGUAUGCUGGCCAUGAUCUCCGAGUCGCGCGAGGUCAAGCAGAUCCUCCACCGCCUCUUAUCGCCCAAGUCCAACACCGAAAUGCUCUCGUACUACCAGCUCGCCAAGCGACUCAGUGCAGUGAACGAACUCCUCGUCGGCUAUAUGCCCAAGCACGCCUCGACCAACCAAGAAUCAAGGAUUGUCCUCAACCCAAAGGACAAGGCACUAGUGCACCGAUGGAGCGAGUUCGACUUGGUGGUCAUCGUCAGUGGCACCAUCGACGUGGAGCGCGAGCAGGAUGUUCAGAGCGCCGUUCUCGACCGGCUCACCGACCAAAUGCGCCAAAACAACGUGCAGCAACUCAAGGCGGCCGCACCCCCGCCACCGAUAGGGGUCCGAGCCGUAAACCCACCCGAGCCGCGCAUUCGAACACAACGAUCGUUCAUCUCCAAGUCCACGUCCCACCUACCGGCGCCGCCGUCGUUUGAUGCCGAUAUUGAGCUCACACCCGAGGUGUGCCGGCGUCUCGUGGCGCUUCGCGACGAUGUCGAGAUACUUCUCGAGCACUACACGAGCCUUCACGCGAAGCACUUGCAGAUGCAGGCGCCACCGACGUCGAAUGGAGUGCAGACGUCCCAUUCCCCCUAAAAUGUCGUCGUAAAAGGUUGCACACGGUUUGCCAUAUUGGUCAGCA